GAUGUGGUCCACAGUGUUCAUAUGAUCCCGGGAUUUGCUUACGGUCACACGUCCGAACUUUUAGCGCAUUCAAUUGCUAGAAAACAUGAAGAAAACAAACCUGACGGGAAUGAUGACAAAGAAGACCCUGAAUGGAUGUAUCAAAAUGAGUAUGACGAGCGCUGCGAAGAGACCGACUACCUUUUUUAUUAUGUCGGAAUGUUUUCCGACCGUGAUAUGUUUAUGAGGUUCCGCGGUGGCGGAAUAGGCCAUAGAGGUACACGCAGUGUUGACAAGUACCUCCAACAGGAUACGUACACCCUUGACCCCGAGGAUCUCACCGAAGAGCACGAGGCGCCUUUAAAUGGCCCGAGCAACACGAACGCCGCCACGGUCAGCGCUGCCGAAGCCGACGUAGCGUCAAACGACGCGCACAUGAGCACUGCCAAUGCCACAGCGACAUUAUACGUGGACAUACCGUCAACAGAGGGUGAUGCUGAUGGUGUUGCCGACAAAGGAGGGGGGAUUUCAGACAGCGAGGACUCGGGUAUGCCAGAGGAUCCUGAGAACAUAUCAAAAGGUAAGAGCCGUGAAACAGCGGGGAAAAGCGACACCCACAAUGAUGACAAGGAUGAGGACGAGGAAGAGGACGAGGGCGAACAUGAAGGCGAGUCCGAGUCCGGGUCCGAAGAUGAGUCCGAGUCUGAGUCCGAGUCCGAUGAUGGGAGCGGCUCGGAGGAUGCUGCGGACGAGGGAUCAGAGAGCGGGGACACUGACGACGAGGCCGACGACGAGGCCAUUCGAGACCGUGAAGGCUACGGCCCACUGUAG